CUCAGCAACUUGGAACAGUUGUUUCAUUCCACUCAUUCAACUUCUACUAUUAAGUGCACACACCAUAACUUUUUUUUUAUAAUUUUUUUGUUAAUCUUUUCUGUUUAAAUCUCAAGAUUUUGUUCCGUUUUCUUUUAUGAAAGAAAAACAAGAGAAAGUUUAAAAGAAAGUUUUCUAGUGUUACUCAAAUACAGACGAUGGAAUCAUCUCUCUUUUUAAUCCUCUCUAGUGUUGUUGUGUGUGUUUCAGCUUUUUGAGGCUUAUACCUUACCAUUACCAUAACCACCAACAUGUUAAAAAGCUCUUUUUCAUUUUCACUUUAUUCUCCUAUCUCUUUCUACCUAUUCCAUUUCUUCACAUUUUAAUACUAUUUAUUACAUAAUUAUAACCUUCUCUUUUCAUUUUCUCCCCUUUUAAUGUCUUUUUAUCACAUUUUUUGUUAAACACCUUUCUCACUCACUCUUCUCAUUCAAGUUUCUCUCUUUUUAUUCCAAAAAUCUUCUUCCGAUUCACCAAAAACAUCAUGGAAAAGAGUAUCCUAUGUAAAAAAACUGUUCACGAAACUAUUACAAAGAAGUUCAAAAAACCAAAGAGAAACUCCAAUGCACAGUGUAGCAACAACAAAAUUUCAAUUCCAAUAAAAUUACCAAAAGUGAUUCGAGUAACUGUCACUGAUCCGGAUGCUACUGAUUCAUCAAGCGACGAGGAAGACAAUUUAUGGCUUCCUCGCAGAAGAAUAAAGCGUUACGUUAGUCAAAUUGAAACUGAGACCGUCGCUUCAACGACGGUCUCUGGUAAAAAGAGGUCUGAAAGAGAAACGAAUUCAAAACCUCGGCCGGCAAAGAUGCCGGCCGUGGUUAAUGGAGAUAUGAUAAAGUUCCGCGGUGUUCGGAUGAGACCGUGGGGAAAAUGGGCGGCUGAGAUUAGAGAUCCGAUUGCUCGGGUCCGGUUAUGGUUGGGAACUUUCAAUACUGCCGAAGAAGCAGCUAAGAGGUACGACGCUGCCGCGGUUAAGCUUCGUGGUGAAGCCGCCGUUACAAAUUUUGCUGCCACACCGGAGAAGGAGAAGGAAGAAAAAAUGGAAGUAGUUAUUAACACGGAGAUGUCUGGUUCCGGUGAAGAUUCCGGCGACGAUUUUCGUAAUCUUUCAUCGCCGACUUCUGUUCUACGGUCCAGACCUGAUGAAAUUUGCCAAAUUAGUGAACCGGUCGAACCGGUAAGAGAAAGUGAACCGGUCGAGCCGUUUGAAGAAUGUGAAGGUGAAACGAGGUGGUUCGAUGAGAGUAAUGAGUUUUUCCGACAUGAAAUGGAUGAUGUGUUCAAUUUUGCAACGACUUCAGAUUGUUAUUACUCGAAUAUGUUUUUUGAUGAAGCUCCUUUGAGUUUGUUUCAUGAAACGACACCGGUUGUGGUUAAUGAGUGUCGUUUAAGUGAUCACGUGGAAAUUGAUAAAACGCACUCACCAUCAACUUUAUGCCAAGUGGAUGAUUUUUUUGAUGACAUUUUGUUAGGUUCAGAUCCUCUUGUCGUGCUAUGAAAUCAAUCAACACUCUCAUGAAUCAUUAUCAUCAUAACCAGUUUUCAGAAAUUGUCGUCGUUGACUUGCUGAUUUUUCUCAGCAAGAUUUUGGUGCCGGUGGCAAGAAAAUCCCAAUAAAAUGGAAGUUAAUAUAUUUGUUUUUUUUUUGGAAAUUUUCUUUUAUUUAGGCUAAUGAAGAGAAUGAGUUAAGUUUUGUUUAGAUUUAUUAUAUUACUACUACUUUAUAAUUUCGUUGGUUAAUAAAAUAAGUAAGGGUUUAUGAAAAUGUAAUAUAUAUUGUCCAAAUAUCAAUGCAAGUGUAUUAAGUUAUUUCAA